UAGGAGGAAGAUGCAAGGAAGGUAGCUCCUCUUUAUAUUCGUCGGAAAUUUGAACGACUCGUAAAUUAAAUCCUUCAGAUCUGAUACAAUUAUAUCCAAAUUCCCUAAAAACCCUUUGGUUUGAAUUCCGGCCGCCAUGCCCGCUCCUUCCGACAACGCCGCCGGCCGGAAGCCGGAGAAGUCCAGUUUUGCCCAGACUUGUAAUCUCUUGAGCCAGUACUUGAAGGAGAAGAGAAGCCUUGGAGUCACGAGGAUUGAAAUCGAACCAAAAGAUGAGGUUUCGACGGUUGGUCGACCGGCGGCGAUCAGGAACUUGCUGACGAACAUGGAAAGCCCAGAAGAGAAGGGCUCCGGGCAGAUGACCAUUUUCUACGGCGGAAAAGUAGUGGUGUUCAAUGAUCUUCCGCCGGAGAGGGCGGAGGAGAUCAUGGCCAUGGCCGGCAAGGGAACGGCAACAACCCUCUCUUCCAGAUCCGCCGCCGCCGGAGAACAACUCCAUCCGCAACCUCAGGCUAAAGCCCAAGGCGAUUUGCCCAUUGCAAGAAGAGCUUCCCUCCACCGAUUCUUCGAGAAGAGAAAAGACAGGGCUGCAGCAAGAGCGCCAUACCAAGUGAAUCCGCACCAAUAUUCAGCCUCUUCUAACCACAAAUCUUCGAACCACUUUGAUCUAAAUUUAUAAGCGAAGGCAAUGUUUUAAUUUUUACUCUUCAUUAAGUUUAUCUCCCUAAUUUUACUGCAAAAUUCUGACUACACACUUUAUUGUCGUAACCAUGUCUCUUAUCCUACCGGUUCCAGUUUGUAUGAACAAGAACAGAGAGCUCUGUAAUUAUCUUUCAGAUUUAUACCUCGUGAUUAUUAGUUGACUUUAUGAAAUUUUAGGGUUUUUGAUUA